AUGCUUUCCAGGUUUGCUGCUUCAAACGGUCGUUCUGUUGCUUCUGGUGUUCGACUCUUAUCCAGCGCUUCCAGACUAAAAGCUGCUCUUGGUACAAAGAACCAGGUGCUAUUAUCCAAACAUGUCGAAGAUGUGGAUCCAGAGAUGUUCAAGAUCCUAGAGGGCGAGCGUUCAAGACAGAAACAUUCGAUCACUUUGAUUCCAUCCGAAAACUUUACUUCCAAGUCCGUCAUGGACCUUUUGGGCUCUGAAAUGCAGAACAAGUACUCCGAGGGAUACCCGGGUGAGCGUUACUACGGUGGUAAUCAGUUUAUUGAUAAGGCGGAGUCGCUAUGCCAGAAGAGAGCGUUGGAAGUUUUCGGCUUGGACCCAGAGAAGUGGGGUGUCAAUGUGCAGGCCUUGAGUGGGGCGCCGGCCAACUUGUACACUUACUCGGCUGUUAUGGAGACUGGGGACCGCCUGAUGGGGUUGGAUCUACCGCACGGUGGCCACCUGUCGCAUGGUUAUCAAUUGGCUUCUGGAACGAAGAUCUCGUACGUGUCGAAGUAUUUCCAAACAAUGCCAUACCAUGUCGACCCUUCCACUGGUUUGAUCGACUACGACGCUUUGAGCAUGACUUCUAAGUUGUUUAGACCGAGAGUCAUUGUUGCAGGAACCUCCGCUUACUCCAGAAUACUAGAUUACAAACGCUUCCGUCAAAUUGCAGACGGUUGUGGCGCUUAUUUGAUGAGCGACAUGGCCCACAUCUCAGGUCUGGUCGCUGCCGGAGUGACGCCAUCGCCAUUUGAGUUCUCUGACAUUGUCACUACCACGACACACAAAUCACUGAGAGGUCCAAGAGGCGCUAUGAUCUUCUUCAGAAAGGGUGUUAGAAAGGUUACGAAGAAGGGUAAAACUGUUAUGUAUGAUUUGGAGAAAAAGAUUAACUUCUCAGUUUUCCCAGGUCAUCAAGGUGGUCCUCACAACCAUACCAUCUCGGCGCUGGCUGUGGCUUUGAAGCAAGCCUUGACUCCUGAAUUCAAGGAGUAUCAACAGCAAGUGGUCGACAACGCUCGCGUCUUUGGUGAAGAAUUGAUGAAACGCGGCUUCAAAUUAGUUUCCGGUGGUACCGACAACCAUUUGAUCUUGAUCGACUUGUCCAACCACGGCAUUGACGGUGCUCGUUUGGAGACCAUUCUUGAGAAAUUGAACAUAGCAGCCAACAAAAACACUAUUCCCGGUGACAAGUCAGCAUUGUUCCCAUCCGGUUUGAGAGUCGGUACCCCUGCAAUGACUACAAGAGGAUUCAAAACCGAAGAGUUCGCCAAAGUCGCAGAGUUCAUCGAUACCGCCGUAAAGAUGGCAAUUGGCUUGAAAUCUCAGGAAUCCCCAGAUUGUGAGGACGUCAGAUCCAAACUGGCUAAUUUCAAACAGCUUUGUGAAGAGUCUGAGCAAGUUCAAAAUUUGGCUAAUGAAGUCGCUGCAUGGGUUGGAAAAUACCCAGUUCCUGGUGAACUAUAG